UGAUGAUAUAACUGGUCUUCCAUACUUGAACGUCCAGUGCCGAUUCUGCAAUCGUGACGUUAUUUCCCACAAAGUCUCCGUGAAUUAAAUGUCAGCAGAAAGGCAAUCUUCACUCUUGGCUGGCUUGGUACGUCAACAGUUGUGGAAACAGACCAUGUUUCUCUGCAAUAUUUAGUUAAUGAAAGACGGGCCAAAUAUUUUUAAAAGCAAGUGAAAAAGUGCCGAAGAGGAAGAAAUCAAUUGGAUUGCUAAAUUCUAUUUAGGUCACCUACAGCAUCAAUGAAUCAUUGAAUGGUUGAAACUGGAGAAGUCCAAGAUAACAUGACCAUUGUGAUGCGUGGGAGUCCUGCAGGUGGGGACUCCCCCCAAGAUAAUACACAAGCCCCACCGCAGCAACAGCAACAACAACAGAAGGUUACCCAGUCAACUAGUGAUGAGAUUGGCCAAGGGAAUAGCCAGACUGAAUUGCAGGAUGACCAGGAACCGGACUUUCCUCAUGAAGCUCUGGCUAAAUUGGAUGAAAUGAUCAAUCGACCAAGAUGGGUUGUUCCUGUACUUCCCAAAGGAGAGUUGGAGUUGCUUCUUGAAGCAUCCAUUAAACUUAGUAAAGAAUCACUGGAUACAAGAAGUGAAGCUUGCCAGAGAUUUUUCCGUGAAGGCUUGACCAUAUCCUUUACCAAAAUACUUACUGAUGAGGCUGUAAGUGGAUGGAAGUAUGAAAUACAUAGAUGCAUAUUCAAAAAUGCAGAAAAACUGAUUGAAUUAUGUGUUUGCAAACUUUCUCAAGAUUGGUUUCCUUUGUUGGAUCUCUUGGCAAUGGUUCUGAAUCCUCAGUGCAAGUUCCACACAUACAAUGGAACUCGGCCAUCAGAAACAGUACCAUCAGGAGCUCAGGUAACAGAAGAAGCUGUAUUUGCUAAACCACCCGAUGCCAGAACACCACGGGGGUGGCUGGUCGAUCUGGUAAAUAAAUUUGGACAAAUGGAAGGAUUCCAAAUUAUUCUUGACCGUUUCACAAAAGGUCCCCAAUUAUCGGUGCCUGUGAUAGCUGCACUGGUGAAACCAUUUGGUCAGUGCUCCGAAGUACUGACUCCUUAUGCUAUCCAAAAAUAUUUCAUGCCAAUUGUGGAAAUAGUUCCUAAAUUUUUGGACAACUUAACAGAUGAUGAGCUGAAAAAGGAGUCCAAAUCAGAAAUAAAAAAUGAUGGGUUAUCAGCAAUAAUAAAAGCACUGAAACAAUUGGUGUCCCGUGUACCGAAUCAGGAAGAGACUGUGAAGAAUUUGGAAAUCUUUCGUUUGAAAAUGAUUUUAAGGCUUCUUCAGAUAUCUUCUUUCAAUGGUAAGAUGAAUGCUUUGAAUGAAGUUAACAAAGUGAUCGCAAAUGUGACAUUCCAUGCCAGUCGUCACACUCCAAUAGAUGAUGAUGAAUGGCUUACAGCUGAUAAGAUGGCAGAAUGGAUUCAGCAGAACAAUGUAUUGUCAAUUGUUCUUCGAGAUAGUCUCCAUCAACCUCAGUAUGUUGAAAAAUUGGAAAAAAUCUUGAGAUUCAUGAUAAAAGAGAAAGCCUUAACACUUGAUGAUUUGGAUCGAAUAUGGGAAGCCCAGUCUGGAAAACAUGAAGCUAUUGUAAAAAACGUUCAUGACUUGUUGGCUAAAUUGGCAUGGGAUUUCUCUCCUGAACAGUUAGAUCAUUUGUUUGAAUGCUUUCAAGGAAGCUGGACUAAUGCUAUGAGAAAGCAGAGAGAAAAGUUAUUAGAGCUCAUUAGGAGAUUAGCAGAGGAUGAUAAAGAAGGUGUUAUGGCUCAUAAGGUUUUAGGGUUGUUAUGGAAUCUUGCUCAUAGUGAAGAUGUUCCGACUGAGAUCAUGGACCAAGCCCUGACAGCUCAUAUAAAAAUUCUGGAUUAUAGUUGCUCUCAGGAUCGUGAUAGUCAGAAAAUGCAGUGGAUUAGCAGGUUUGUUGAAGAGCUGAAGAAUGACAAAUGGGUUUUACCUGCCUUGAAACAAAUUAGAGAAAUAUGUCAGUUAUUUCCUGAAACAUCUCAAAAUUUUCCUCAUGCUCAGCGAACACCUCACAUGUAUUAUAGGAAUCAAGUUAUUAGUCAGUUACACCAUCAGCAUUCUAUUGUUAUGCUUGUAGCUCAAAAUUUAGCAACUUACAUGGAGAAUGCCAGGUCUUACGCAAAAGAACAUCCAUUUGAAGAUCCUAGUAAUAUUUAUCCUGAUGGCAGAUUCAAUCAUAUUCAACAAGUGCAGGAACGGCUCCGAUUCUUACGGUUUUUACUGAAAGAUGGUCAACUUUGGUUAUGUGAAAUUCAAGCCAAGCAGGUAUUAUACCUUAUUUGGAAAUGUUUAGCUGAAAAUGCUAUAUAUGUGGCUGACAGAGAGUCCUGCUUUAAAUGGUUUGCUAAGUUAAUGGGAGAAGAACCAGAUCUUGAUCCUGAUAUUACUCGAGAUUUUUUUGAGAAAAAUAUCCUCUUGUUAGAUCCUGCUCUUCUUACAGAAAAUGGAAUGAAUUGUUAUGAGAGAUUCUUUAAGCAUGUCAAUUUGAAAGAAAACAAACUCGUAGUCAAACGAAGAGGAGGUCAUAUGAUGAAUGAUCUAGAACUGAUUGGUUUAGAAUAUUUAUGGAGGGUAAUCUUAAACAGUCCAGAAAGUGUUGCUGAGAAACCUGUUGCUCUCUUAAAGGAAAUAUUUACUAACCUUGGUCCUCAAUUACAACAGAACCAUGUAGAUAUUCAUGAAGACUUCAUUCAGACUUGUAUAGACCGUCUGAAACCAUCUUAUGACAUUGUUCGUGUGUUAGAGGAUGACAAAGAGAGUAAGAAUAGAGUUAUGCAAGAAGCAAUGCGUAUGGUUCGUGUUCUCACUGUACUCAAGGAGUAUGUUGCGGAAUGUGAUGAAGCCUAUGGGGAAGAAAGAUCAAUAUUACCUCUGGGAAGAGCUUGUCGAGGACGCCUAGUGACAUUAUCUGUGAGAUUUCCUAACCAAGGGAGGCAUAUAGAAGAUCUUGAUAUCUGGUCCCAUACCAAUGACACUUUAGGUUCUGUGAGACGACAGAUUUUAAACAGAGUGAAAGUUAGCAGUAGUAGCAUUAAAGUUGACAUGUAUGUUAAUGGAGAGCUUCUAGAUCCUAGUGAAGAUAAAAAAUUGAUAUCACAAAUUCCUCUUCGAGAUAGAACUGCCGUCUCGGCUAAAUUGGUACAAGUUGGAAGUAAUAUGCCUUCCAGCCCAGACAGUAGUUCUGAUAGCUCUGGAGGUUCUCCUCAUAAUACUUAUGAUGGACCUAACAUAGAAGCUGAAAGCUGUCUGCCUGGUGUGCUUAUGGCUCAAGUGAAUCGCUACACAGGAUUUCUUUUCCAACUGUCGGACUUAGGUUGUCAUCUUCAGUUACCAAAAUUAAGAGACACAGCUAGAGCUCUUUUAAAAAUUAUGUCAGCUGAUACCCAUACAAUGGAGAAAUUCCGCAGUAUAUGUAUGGAACAUGCCAGAGCUGAAAGUGGUAUUUCAGCUGCCCUUGAGAGCAUGUUUUUUAUUGGCUCCUCAACUCAAGUUCUCUACAAUGUAGAGGUGGUUUACAGUCUGCUGAUGCCAGCAGGUGCUCCAAUUUCUGAUGAUGCUUUUGAAUUUCAGUAUAAUUUUGUACGUAGUGGUGGUGUACAAUUAUCUUUAAAUAUGUUAAUGAAAAAUAAUUUCUUGCCAAAUGCUGAUCUCCCUACUAGAAGGAGUGCCUAUGUGACAGUUCUGAAGAUUUGCAAAUUGAUGACCACAACUGUUGGCCAUGCCAAAGUUCAAGUUGCAGUUGAUGCGUGUAGUGCUGAUUCUCAGACCACUCCAAUCCCUGUUAAUGAACAUAAUUAUGCAGUUACUCUUCAACAAGCAUUGAUAUACAUCCCCAACUCAACAUCUGAGUUCACAUUGAGGAAUGUGGCUGCACGCCUUGGUCAACAACUGAAAGAACAGGCUUUCGGUGCUCUUCCUGAUUUGAACACUAUUAAAGCUAUUCAGAAAAUAGCCUGGUCAUCAUGCACGGGUUCUUUGCAUUUGGUUCAUGACUCUAAUGAAGAAAUUCAUCGGAUUGUUGAAAAGGGUAAAGAAAACACUGAACCCGAAGACAUUGAAGUUACCCGUGAAGCUUUAGAACUGCUUUCUGUAUGCUUGGCACUUUGUCCUGCUGCUUUAGAGUCACUUAAUAAAGACAAAGCAUGGCAGAUCUUCAUCAUCGAUCUUCUCCUUCUUUGUAAAAACAGGGAGAUCCGUACAUGGGCUGCUGAGCAGUUUUUCCAAAUGGCUACAAAAUGUAGUAGUGGAAAUCGACCUCUACCCUUCUUCAUCACUUUGCUCUUUACUGUGCUGUCUAGUACAGUGAAGGAAAAUGCAAAGCAAGCACACGAAUAUUUUCAUUUAUUGUGUCGGCUACUCAAUCAUGCUUAUAGUAGUGAAGUUAGUUUACCAAACGCUGAAACUUUAUUGAAUAAUGAAAUAAUCUGGUUGAAGAAAAUUCGUGAGCAAGCUUUGCCCCAAACUGAGAUCCAGGUUGAUAAUGCAUUAUUGGAAGGACAUUUGGGAAUUACCAGAGAACUUCUCUCAUUCCAGACUCCAGACAAGAAAUUUCACAUUGGUGCAGAAAAAGGAGGUUUAGAUCUCAUCAGAGAAUUAGUAGAGGAUUUCAUCUUUCCCGCUUCUAAGAUUGUAGUUCAAUGUCGAAAACUCAAUGACUUUCCACCAGAGCAAGCUGUUCCUGUAUGCACCACUCCAGCCACUGUUACGGCAGCAUUUGAUUUGUUAGUUUCCUUAUGUACACGCUGUGUGAAAAACCUCAAGUGUUUGGCCAAUAUGCUAAUAGACAUGUUUUACACAGAUGAAAUGUUCACUUUUUCAGAAUUACCUCUAGUGGAAUGGGAGUUUGUACCCCCUGUGGGUCCAAGACCUCCUAAAGGUUUUGUUGGCCUUAAGAAUGCUGGUGCUACAUGUUAUAUGAAUUCUGUUUUACAACAGCUCUUCAUGAUUGAACAGAUUCGUCAUGGAAUACUUGCUGUGGAAGGAGCAGCAGACGACAUCGAGGAUGAAUAUAUAGGAGACGAGAAGGGGGAGAAUGAGACAAAUGUUGAUCUUGGUGAUGAAGAACGGAAGGAUGAAGAAAAGAGUUCCAAUAAACAAGGUGAAAGGAAAGAUUACAAUCUGGGUGUGAUGAAACAUGUCCAGUUGAUCUUUGGUCAUUUGGCUUGUAGCAAGCUGCAGUAUUAUGUACCCAGAGGCUUCUGGAAACACUUCAAGUUAUGGGGAGAACCGGUGAACUUGAGAGAACAACAUGAUGCAUUAGAAUUCUUCAACAGUCUUGUAGAUAGUUUAGAUGAAGCUCUUAAAGAACUUGGUCAGACUAUGAUUCUCAGUAAAGUUCUGGGAGGGUCAUUUGCUGACCAAAAAAUUUGCAAAGAUUGUCCACAUAGAUAUCAAAGAGAAGAAACUUUUACAACUCUAAAUGUAGAUAUUCGAAAUCAUCAAAAUUUACUUGAAUCUUUAGAGCAGUAUGUAAAAGGUGAUCUUUUAGAAGGGGCAAAUGCAUAUCACUGUGAAAAAUGUAAUAAAAAGGUAGACACUGUUAAAAGGCUCGUGAUAAAUAAAUUGCCAAAAAUUUUGGCUAUCCAGCUCAAGAGAUUUGAUUAUGACUGGGAACGAGAAUGUGCAAUCAAAUUCAAUGACUACUUUGAGUUUCCACGUGAGUUUGAUAUGGAACCUUAUACUGUACAGGGAUUAGCAAAAAUUGAAGGAGAAAUUAUUGAUGCUGACUGUGAUGAUAAAGAGCAAAGUACAAAAUACAAGCUAGUUGGGGUUGUGGUCCAUAGUGGACAAGCUAGUGGAGGACAUUAUUACUCUUAUAUUUUACACAGAGGUGCUGAUGAUGUUCUUCCGAAAUGGUAUAAAUUUGAUGAUGGCGAUGUCACCGAAUGUAAAAUGGAUGAUGAUGAGGAAAUGAAAAACCAGUGCUUUGGUGGUGAAUAUGUUGGAGAGGUGUUCGAUCAUAUGAUGAAGAGGAUGUCUUACAGGCGACAGAAGCGAUGGUGGAAUGCCUAUAUAUUGUUCUAUGAACGGAUAGAACCUCAAGAUGACUUAGCCGAGGUCUCAAAAAGAGUACUGGACCUCACAAUUUCAAGGCAAGAGAGGUUAAAGAUGCCUGCUGCAAUUGAGCGCUGCGUUCGGCGGCAAAACAUCCUUUUCAUGCACGAGAAGAACCAAUUUUCACCCGAAUAUUUUCAAUUCAUGAAAAAAUUUCUCAUGUGCAAUGCUCCAUUUUUAUCUAUCCCUUGUCCACAGGAUAGGCUGCCUGCUGAUGCUGAACAAAUGGCCUUAAUCAGUGUUGAGCUGGGAUCAAAAUUUUUAUUCACUGUUGGUUUUCAUACCAAGAAGUCUUUACGAGGUCCGGCCAAUGAAUGGUAUGAUGCAUUGUGUAUCCAUAUGAGAAACAGCAAAUCUGUGCGCAGCUGGUUUGUGCAUAAUGUUUUAUUUGCUCAUACUAAUCGCUUUGCAGAAUACCUUUUGGAAUGCCCCAGUUCAGAGGUACGAGGAGCAUUUGCGAAAAUGCUGGUUUUUCUUGCUCAUUAUACUUUGCAAGAUGGACCAUGUCCUUCUCCAUUUAUUCAGGUUGGCCAAGCCACUGAUCCAAGUGCUACACUUAGUGAUCACUUGUUGACAGAGAUCCUGAAUCUGCUGAAAAAGGAAGUGUCUGAGCAUGGAAGGCACCUGCAACAGUAUUUUAAUCUCUUUCUCCUUUACUCCAAUCUUGGCACAGAAGAAAAGCAACAGCUGUUGAGGUUAAAUGUUCCUGCUCAGUUCAUGUUGGUGGCUCUUGACGAAGGCCCAGGACCUGCCAUCAAGUACCAGUAUGCUGAUCUGAGUAAACUUUUCUCUGUUGUUUCUCACCUAACGCGUUGCUGUGAUGUGUCAGCCAAAUGUCAGUCAUCAGUCAAUGGUUCAUCUCCUUUAGCCAAUCCGCAUGGUGACCCUACAUGUUGUGCCUCACUCAUGCCUAUACAAACUCAGGUAGCUGAUAUAUUGUAUAACAGAUCCAGCUAUGUUAAAAAGGUCAUUGAAGAUUGUAAUAACUCUGAGGACACAACAAAGUUGCUGAGGUUUUGCAGUUGGGAAAAUCCUCAUUUCUCCUCAACAGUCUUGAGUGAACUGUUAUGGCAGGUGGCUUACUCAUACACUUAUGAAUUGAAACCCUAUUUGGAACUUUUAUUUCAAAUGUUAAUGCUUGAUGAUUCGUGGCAAAAUCAUCGAAUUCACAAUGCACUUAAAGGUAUUCCUGAUGAUAGAGAUGGCUUAUUUGAUACCAUUCAACGGUCUAAAAAUCAUUAUCAAAAGAGAGCCUAUCAAUGCAUCAAAAUGAUGGUGUUGCUUUUUACACAUUGUAUCCCUGCAGCUCAGAUGUUACAGAGUAAUGGUGAUCUGAAAAGGAAGUGGACUUGGGCAGUUGAGUGGCUUAGUGAUGAGCUAGAGCGGAGGCCUUAUCCUGGUAAUGCCCAAUAUACUUAUAAUAAUUGGUCACCUCCAGCUCAAUCCAAUGAGACCUCUAAUGGUUAUUUCCUGGAACGAUCUCAUAGUGCUAGAAGUACUUUAACCAGAGCCUAUGAGCUUUGUCCUGAAGAGAGUCAAAACACAUUGGAUUUUGUAGCUAAGGAACCCGAAGAAGCUGACUUGACUGACGAACCAGAGAGUCCACAUCAUGACGAACAAGUGCCCAUGUACAGUGGACAAACGCAGCUGCCGACCCAGAGUCAGCAGCCCACCCAAAGCCAGCCUGCAGCAACACAGUCCCAAUCUUUAACAAUACACGCUUCUCAACUACAGACCUCUAAAAACCAAACUCCUCAGCAGCAGCAACAGCAACAGCAGCAGCAGCAGCAGCAGCAACAACAGCCGCCACCACCACCGCCACCGCAACAGCCAGUGCAACAGCAGCAGCAGCAACAGCAGCAGGUACCACCUCCGCCUCCACCACAACAGCCACAGCCACCACAGCAGCAGCCACAGCAGCAGCAACCGGGUUCUCUUUCAACAUCAGUUCAACCAUCAUCUCCGCCUCAGAUGCUUUUCCAACAGCAGUCGAUGCCACAACAGAUCUUGCAACAGUCCACACAGCAUGCGCCUCCUUCUUCUCCUCAGCAACACAAGCAACGCCCACAACAUAUACAAAACAAUCAAGUGAAUUUACAACACAGCUCCCACCCUGGACAUCCUACUAACCAAAUAAAUAACCCGCUGAACCAGCAAGGGUAUGACUUACCGUUGGGAAACCCAGAUACUGGAGAGGAAGAACCUGUUCAUGACACUAGGUGUCCCAGUGAAUGAAUGUGUACAUCUAUAUAUAUGUAUGUAUAUAUAUAUAUAUAUAUAUAUGUAUAUGUAUAUGUAUAUAUGUGUGUGUGUGUGUGUAUAUAUAUAUAUGUAUAUGUAUGUAUAUGUAUAUAUAUAUUGGGAAAAGAGCAAAGUUUGGUCCAAUUUAUUCUGGAGCUUUAGACAUUAAGCUGCUAUUUCAUCAAAUAUUGGAAUGUUGGUCAACUUCCAAAGUAGAAAGAUUGCAAAAAGAAGAGAGAAAAAAAGAAAAAAUAAGAGAGAGAGAUGAAAAUUAAAUCAGCAACUCAAAGCAAUGAUGAUAUAAUAAUAUGACAAUGAUAAUUAUGAUGAUGAUGAUGACAAUGAUAAUAAUACACUUGUAUAUAGCUAUGUUCAGGGUGUGAGUAUAUAUAUAUAUAUAUAUAUAUGUAUGUAUAUAUCUAUAUAUAUAUACAUAUACACAUAUGUGUGUGUGUAUAUAUAUACAUAUAUGUGUGUGUGUGUAUAUAUAUAUAUUUAUAUAUAUAUAAUGUAUUUUUCGUUAAUUUUUUUUUAAAUGUUUGAGUGCUGUAUUAAGUUGAAUGUAUAUGAAUCUGUACAUACUAAGCAGUAUUGACUUAUGAUAUCCAGCCAUAGUUAUCAGUCUUUCACAGAUUGGAAUUUGUUCCGAAGUCAUGCUUCAUUGCUUUGCGGUAAUUGGUCCAUCCUAUCUCAACUGGUUCUUUUUUUGUUUUACACAUAUAUAUGUAUAUAUAUAUAUAUGUAUAUAUACACACACACACACAUAUAUAUAUAUAUCUGUAUAUAUAUAUAUAUAUAUAUAUAUAUAUAUAUAUAUAUAUAUAAAUUAAUUGAUUGAUCAGAAAUGAGAAUAAACAAUAUUAUUAUUAUUAUUGCAACAGAUGCUGUAAAAAGAAAUUCCUACUUCUAUUUGAAAGGAAACUUCUAACAUGACACAAACAAGAAACAACACUCUACUCCCACCCAGCCCUGUCUGCUUCUCCCUUACCAUUAAAUCUAAAACCUCACAGGGGGAAAAAAAAAAAUAUUUGUCUACGCUCUUAAAAUGAACGCUAUUACCGGUUAAGUGCCCAUGGAUUUAAAAAGAAAAAGAAAAAAAAAGAAGGGUAUAUUAGAAGAGAAAAUAAUAAGAGACUUUUAACUUCUUUUUGCUUUAAUAGAUAAAAAAAAAAAAUGAUCUAUCUUCCCCAUUAGACAAAAAAAAAAUAUACAAAAGAAAGGAAAAUGGAUCCCUCCUCUCCCUCCCACAUACACACAUACCCGCAACACACAAAAACUGUUCUGAGAAUGAAAACUUUUUUUAAUUGAUGGGGAAAAUAGAUGAAAAUCUAAAAAGACUUGCCCCCCCCUUUUUUUUUUGCUGGCAUGUUGCCUUCAUAAUAUGACAUGUCUGGUAAGAAAUGGGCACUUUUUGUUUAACUAGACCUUAAAUGCUUUUCUUGUGCCAUGCAAUUUUUAGUGGCAAAGUUAUUUUUAUUAUUAUUUUUAUUUUUAUUAUUAUUUUAUUAUUAUUAUUAUUAUUAUUAUUAUUAUUAUUAUUAUUGAUAUCAUUAUCAUUAUUAUAAUUAUUAAUAUUAAAGUUGAUAAUUUAAGAAUAAUUAGGGUACCAUUAUUUUGUUUCUUUAUUAAACAGAAAAACCAUGAAACAAUUUCUCAUUGCCCCUUCCCUCAUACUUCAGCCCUAUCCUCCUACUCCACUCUCUUCCCUCUCCUUCUCUCUCCUAUCAAUGAUUAUCCUUUCUACAUAUUAUAUUUGAAAGAAAGAAAAAAAAAAGGAAAAAAAAAAAGAAAAAAAAAACCUUUUCAGAGAGGAUAUUUUAUGAAAAAAAAAAUUUAAAAAAAAAAAACAGAAAUUGUAUGGCAACCCAAGCUUCAUAAAUAUUUAAGGAGGGAGCAUAAUAAUUUUGUGAUUAAAAUUAAAUCACAGAAUGUCUUUACUGCAUGACAUUGUAGCUAAAUGCCACACCUGUUAUAUAUAUAUAUAAUAUAUAUAAUAUAUAAUAUAUAUAUAUGUAUAAUAUGUCUGUAUGAAGUGAUCAGAGCUCCACCACCAAGAAUGCAUUCCUCCAACUCUAAUUGUUUACAUAAUUGGUAAGGAUUUCCUAUUUUGCAUCUAGCUGUAUCUUGGAUGUACUUGCCAAUAAAACUGUUGUUGAUUUGAAUA